GAAUUCAGAAACGCACUCAUCACCUUACAUGGAUCGCUAUCAAUUCCAGAGUGUCAACAGUCGAAAUUUCAUGGAGAUUUUGAACGAGCAACUGCACCAGGACCGCGAGUUUGGCCGGACGAUGAACGUCACGAAGAUCAUGAACUCUUGGACCCAUCAGCCGAGUUAUCCGAUCGUUCGUUGCUCUCUGGCCGGCAACGGGCGAAUUCGGCUGUCUCAGAUGCCGUUUCCGUUACUCCGAAGCAAUUCAUCACAGGUCAAUGCCUUGUGGUGGAUCCCCAUCGCCAUGACGGAUGGCAGACGGCCAGAUUUCACCCGAGAAGGGACAUAUCCGAGAGUGUGGCUCACGCCCGAACGUCCGACUUUGGAGAUUCCUUAUUUCCCUCAGGUGUCGAACCGAGACGGACCACCAGAAGACCAAGAACCGGACACUUGGAUUCUCGUCAACGGCCAAUUCACCAGCUACGGUCGAGUGUUGUACGACAAAGCCAAUUGGCGGUUGAUCUCUAAUCAGCUGAUGCUCAAUCACACCGUCAUCCCGAAAGUGACUCGGGCUCAAUUGAUUGACGACGCUUUCACGCUGGCUGGAGCCGGAUAUUUGGACUAUCAAGUGGUUGUUGAACUCAUCGAGUAUCUGACUUUGGUCAACGACGAGUUCGUCCAGUCAACCAGUUUAUUCCACUUGAAAUUGAUCCAGGAACGGUCGAGACACAACGAAUCGCUUUAUAAUCUGUUCAAGGAAUACACCAGUAGAUUCAAGUUCGAGAAAACCGACCAUGGAGAGCCGGUCGACUACAACGACUGGGUUCGAGUUGGUGAUCCGCUGGAUGGAGUUGGCUGCCUGAACUGGAGUGACGACGGUGUGUGUGUCGAUCAAGUCAUGCUCCUCUUUCACGCUCAAAUGGACGGCUCAAUUACUCCCGAAGAGAAAAAGGCAAUGACGGAACAUUUGGAGCGCAAUUGGUGUGCGGUGAUUCGCUACGGUGGUAAGGAAGAGUGGAACUGGGCGUGGCGAGCUAGUCUCUGCGACAUGUGGUCGUCACAGCGGACAAAGAUUUUAUCGGCCAUGAGUUGCAGUCAAGAUCGUGAUCGUUUGAAACAGCUUCUUUCGCGCGUGUUUUCGCCGACCAUCGAACAGGACCCGCACGACACGUUCGCCACCAUUGAGAAAAUGACGGAAAAUCACGUCGCUCGUUCCAUGGUGUUGAACUUUUUGGCGACCAACUGGGAGAUCCUAGAUUCCUAGGGCGACAUUUUAGUUAUAGAAGGUCUGGCGAUAAUUUGAAGCUGCUCACCUCCGCCGCCAAAUUUCUGAGUACACCAGACGAAUUGAAAGAGAUGUCCCGGAUUUUGUCCGACCUGGAAAAUAAAGACACGAAACUCAAUCGCGCUUUCACGAACGGGAUUCUGGAGGGUAUCCGCAACAAUAUUCGCUGGGGUGAGAAGAAUUUGGAACAAGUCUAUUUGGUUAUCGAAUCUCGAAUAAUGACACGUCGUACGACAAAUUCACUCGCCAAGACUAACUGCAUUCCCUAAGCUGUUUUGCUGCUUGUCCUGAUUUCUUCAUCGUUUGUUAUUUUCAUAGUUUUUACAUGUUUGUUAAAUAAAUAUGGAAAUAUUCGGGUAUUACUUUGCAUUUUUAAUUGAUU